GCGGAGGGGCCAGGGCUGGGAGCGGGGCCGCGGCCCGGGAGCGGGAUGCGGUGGCGGCCCGGGAGGCCGCCUCGCUGCUUGGGGCGAUACCAUGCACCCGGCCGUGGCAGUGGGGCUGGUGUUCGGCGGCUGCUGCAGCAACGUGGUGUUCCUGGAGCUGCUGGCCAGGCAGUUUCCAGGAUGUGGGAACAUAGUGACAUUCUCCCAGUUCCUAUUUAUCGCGGUGGAAGGCUUUAUCUUCGAAGCCAACUUUGGGAGGAAGAGGCCGGCCAUACCAAUAAGGAACUAUUUCAUCAUGGUGGCCAUGUUCUUCACUGUCAGUGUGGUAAAUAACUAUGCUCUGAACUUAAAUAUCGCCAUGCCACUGCACAUGAUCUUCAGAUCAGGUUCUCUCAUAGCAAGCAUGGCUUUAGGUAUCAUCAUUUUGAAGAAAAGAUACAGUGUAUCUAAAUACACGUCCAUAGCUCUGGUGUCCCUGGGGAUCUUCACCUGCACUUUCAUGUCUGCAAAGCAAGUGGCAUCUGACUCCAGCUUAAAUGAAGAGGAUGGACUCCAGGUUUUCUUGUGGUGGCUGCUAGGUAUUGCUGCACUCACCUUCGCCCUCCUCAUGUCUGCCAGGAUGGGGAUUUUCCAGGAGAUGCUGUACAAGCAGUUUGGGAAGCACUCCAAAGAGGCCCUUUUUUACAAUCAUGCAUUACCACUCCCUGGAUUUCUCCUCCUUGCCCCAAACAUCUACCAGCAUGCAGUCCUCUUCAGCCAGUCUGAGCUGUUCCAGGUCCCAGUGAUCGGCCUGACCCUGCCAAUCAUGUGGUUCUACCUCCUCAUGAAUGUUGUCACUCAAUAUGUCUGCAUCCGAGGUGUUUUCAUCCUCACCACAGAGUGCACCUCCCUCACUGUCACACUGGUGGUGACACUGCGCAAGUUCGUCAGCCUCAUCUUCUCCAUCCUCUACUUUCACAACCCCUUUACAGCCUGGCAUUGGCUAGGCACCGCCUUUGUCUUUGUAGGGACUCUCAUGUACACGGAGGUGUGGAACAGCCUCGGGCCCUUCCUGGCCCGCUGGAGGAAGAGGCCAAAGGAGGACUAACAGCCGAGGACACUGCAGGGACCUUUUUAUUGUUUUAUAGAGCAGAGCAGCAGGGAAUCCCCCAGAGGGAGGUUGUUUUAAUAACACAGGGGAGGUGUUCACUGUGCCAAGCCUCCUGGGGAAAUGUGGAGCCUCCACUGGGAACCUCUCUGAAAUGGAUCAUGGAGAGGCGAUACCGUUAUUUUUGCAAGGUUGCAUUUUUUUAUGCAAGCCCUUUUUCUUCCAACAUUUCUCCCUGUUUUUUUCAUUUGAAUAACCCUUUUAAAGUGAUGUAAAAGCUGAACCAGUUCUCUGUUAGGAGCCCAACCUUGUUGUGGUGCUGUUGUCCGCUCCUCCUGGCUUUGGUGAGCUGGACCCUGAGCCUGUUUGGUGCCGUCCUUUAAUGUCCAGGUGGCCAUUGCAGGUGGCUGAGCCCUGGCGAGCGGCUGUUUGUGCAGCAGGUUGUUACUUACACUGGGAAUGUCAGGCCUGGCUGUUAACCUGAGCCCUUGUUGCCUGAUCCUACCACUUGUGCUGGGAGGGUGUUGGAUACACUUGUGGCUUAGAGCCUUCUAGUCUGCCCAGUAGAUCCUCCGCUGGGGAUUGGUUAAGGGGGCUUAUUUCCAAGCCACCAAGCCUCCCUACCAGUAGCAGGGCCUAGUUGGGAGCCUGAGGAAACCAAAAAAGGGUGAUGCUAAGGGGACAAAGUGCCACUGUGUCACCUUCACAACCUUCUCAGAGAGACAGUGAAGGGCUGUUGAGGCUUUGCUGAGUCCUCAGAUGUUGCCCUGAUACUUCACCAGCUGGAGGGUAUCGUGGGUUCUUCCUGCUUUGGUUAGAUCCCCAGCGCAAGACACUUUUCAGUUGCUUCCUACUUUUUCCCUCAUCUCGAGCAUGUUUGGUGGGCUUCGUUACCAGCAAGUUGGCUGUGACGGACUGCGCUGAGCUCCCAGUGCACCUGUGGUCCCCUGGCCUCCAGCCCAACCUCAGGGUUCAAAUGAUGCCAAGAAUCUCAAGAAGGGCCAGUACAGCUGAGCUGCUGGGAGGGACUGGUUUUACUGUCCUUUCACCCAUUUCUUUUCUUCUCCCACCCCUUGGCAUCAGCUUUGCUCAUGGCAUUUCUGUCAGUGUCCCUUAGUUUCACCCCUCUGCUGGGGCCAGAGUGGGCUGCAGGAGCUCUGGGUGUGUGCCCCCAUGUGUGCAGGCAAUGUGUGUCCCACAGCAAGAUGAGGAGCAGCAGUCACAGCUCUUCUAGGAGCUGCUCAGUGUUGAGCAGAGCAAGGGUUAGUGCGCAGCCUUGUCUUGGUCUUGGAGCAGCAGGGAGCACUGUUUUGUGUUGCCUCCGUUUUCCUGGAGCACCUUGUUUGCAUCAUCAUGAUACUGUCCCUGCUCAGCCUUGAUAAUUAAGGCAUCCAGCAAUGUCAACCUGAUUCACAUCAGGCUUGGCCAGGUAAGGACUGUACUCAAUUAUUCCUGUACCCAAUGUCCCAAUGGCUUCCAGCCUUGGUAUUUACAACCCCUCCAGCAUUAAAGCUGUGCUUGUGGUGGGUUAACCCCAGCUGGCAGCGAAGCACCACAUGGCUGCUCGCUCACUGUCCCCUGCAGUGAGUGGGUAGGUAGAGCAAAUCCAAGAAAAUUUGUGAGUAGAGGUAAAGAUGGUUUAAUAGCAAUGGAAAGAGGAAGGGAAAAAACCCCCAAGUGAUGCAAAGGCAACCACUCGCCAUCUCCCACUGUUAGACCUGUGCCCAGCUAGUCCCUGAGCAUGUUUGCCAUUCCAAAAACCUCCCCUCUGUUUUGAGUGCUGAUUUUAACUAUUGGCUGUCUUGGAUAUGCCCCUUCCCAGCUUCUCACCCACCCAUGGUCUAAUCGUUGGUGGGGAGCAGACUGGGAAAAAAGGGAAAGCCUUGAUGCUGUGCAAGUGCUGAAACUCUGGUGUGUUGUCAGCACUGUUUUAGCCACAAAUCCAAAACCCGGGGGCUGCUAUGGAAAAAGUUAACUCCAUCCUAGCCAGGGCCAGUAUGAUGCCAAUGGGACCUGCAGCUCACUCCUUCCUGAUAUGCUGAAGGUUUGGGUCUUUUCCUUCUGGUUUUGAUUUUCCCUGAGCCUGAAAACCCUCUUGUAUUUUGAAUGUCAGACAUGGGAUGUUUCCCAGGAUUUUGUAGGUGGGGAGACUUUCCCAACAGCUGCCCUAGCACCUAGUGCAGGUCAGCUCUCACUUCCAGCUGUUUGCGCAGGCUCCAGGAAGUACCCAGAGAGAGGUAAAACAUUUAUCCCUCAUCUUGGUCUUCAAAGCUAUUUACACAGAGCUUCAGCUGAGACAGGGAGGUAGAGGAAGGCAACAACAAAUUCAACGCAAAAGCAUCAGGGACACCGAGUAACUGGUGGGGUUCAUCAAAAUUUAAAACAGAUGAGUCUUAAUGCCAGGCUUAAGGUAGAAGCCACACUCGUGGGUGGGCUGCAGGAGCUGUAACGCGGUGGUUGCUGUAGGCUGGGCUGGGGAUUUAGAAGAGCAAUAGCUGUGCGGGUGCCUGAGUGAGUGUAACAUACUGUACAUAGACUACUUGCUAGGUUGCUCUUUGUAUCAAGGAAGUUGCAUGUUGUCUCCAGUUUCUGUGUGAUGCUGGUAGGUUUGAGGAUGUUUGGAUUUCUCUUUUUUUUUUUUUAAACUUGUGUUCUUACUUGGUCUUCACUUGAACCAGGUGUCAACGAUGGGCUAUUAUUUGUUGUUGUCAGGGGUAUUUUUUUAACUUUACAGUGUGAUCUGUGUGUUUCUGAAUAUUUAUAGUUGUUACAGUAUUGCAGAAGUGGCAGCAAUUCCCUUCCUGCUCUAGGAGAGCGGGUGAGCUUGCCUAGUUAUGAGAUGGAGGCAAGGUCCAUGCCAAAACUAGUAUUUGAAUCCAGGGCUGCCCACCAAAAUGGGGCUACUGAUUUGUUUGGUUUUAAUGUUUGCUGUAGAGAUGAUAGCACAGAUUUUUUAGCAGAGGCUGGAAAAGUGGGUGAGGCAAAAUACUUUUUGAUCAGUGCUCUGGAUUUGCAGAGCUUUUGGGUUGUCUGGUUGGGUUUAGGGUGGUAUUUUUGUUGUUUGUUUUUUUUUUUUUUUUAACUAAAAUAAAUAUGUAUCCUCUUCAGAGUA